AUGGGAAGGACAUGCCCAAGAGGAAGAGAGGUGCUUUUCAGUCAUGGAGCUGCUCUCCUAAGCAUGAGGAGGAUCAUCAUGCUUUCCUUCCUCUGCAUACUGAUGCACCUGCUUCAGGAUGAGACAACUUCGCUUUUAGUUUUGGGAAACCAAGACCUGCAAGAUUCGAUUAAGCCACAGAAGGUAGAGUUCCAUUCGUUAAAUUUCAACACCACUUUGCAUUGGCAGCCUGGGUGGGCCAGAGAGGCCAGAGAUGCGCUCUACUUUGUGCAGUACAAAGUGUAUGGGCAGAGCACGUGGCAAAACAAAGACGAGUGCUGGGGGAUUUCAAGCCAUGUCUGUGACCUAACACAUGAGACCUCUGACAUCCAGGAGCCUUACUACAGCAGAGUGAGGGCAGCCCUGGCUGGUGUCUACUCCAGCUGGAGCCUCAGCUGCAGAUUCACUCCUUGGAGAGAAACUAUGAUAGGACCUCCAAUGGUCACUGUGGUUCAUAGCAACAAAUCCAUAACAGUAAAGCUCCAGGCUCCGCGUUCUCCUUAUAGAAGGAAGAGAGGCAGCAAAAUACCAAUGACAAACUAUUAUGAUCUGCUGUAUCAAGUCUUCAUAAUUAACAACUUGCUAGAUGAGCAACACAGGGUCCUGGUGUAUGAAGGGAAAGACAAGGUAAUUAAAAUAGAAGAUUUGAGGCCUGGAGUCAGCUACUGCAUCGUGGCUAAAAUGUACGUGCCAAUGCUGGACCACAGCAGCGCCUACAGCAGCAGGCAAUGUACCGUGCUGCAGUGACAGGGCUGCACCUCUGAGACAGGGAUAAUGGCAGAAGAUGCCUUCCAUCACAGCUCCAUCUGUAAAUCAACAUCUGCUGUCUAUGUCUGGAAGACAUACUUGG